AUGGUUAUAAGUUAUGUAAAGAUUUUCACCUUACCUCCUGCUAAUGUUUCUGGUGCUGUGUAUACAUUUACCUGUGUCCCAAGGGAUGUACGAGAUACAUGAGCAUAUUCCUUUCUCAUGAGAGGCAGAAGCAGAUCAGACGUGAUCAGAUAUCAAACAAAAAAGAGAAAAUGAGGUAUUCUUCUUCCCCUCUUACUUACUUACAGUAGUACUGUGGUUAACACUGUUUUGUAGGAUAAGAAUAAUGAUGUUGUUAAUUGCAUACCUACCUGCCUCUACCAUUGGCAGCCUGCCUGCAGAAGAUUCCAACCACAAGGUUAAGUGAUCAUCUUUGAAGGAAAGAGAUGUCCUGGCCCCUUCAACAGAGACUAUGUCAGUUUUCAUGGAUACAUCUGUAUUCUCUGGCACAUGGAGGCAGAGAAAGUUAAUUCAUAUUUGUGCUCUGUGAGAUGUUUACUGAGAAGGAUGAAGCUUAAAUUUCAUCCCCUUGUGCAAUUACUUGCUAGGAGAGUUAUAAUAACUGCUUAUAGAAGAGAGAAGAAAAAAUACUUAUUGCCAAAGUAGUCCAUAGCUACACAACAAAAGGAACUGUGACUUUGUGAUUAACUCUGAUCAAGGAGCUGGCUUUUUGAAUGGAAAUCUCCUGUACUGUGAGUGGCUGCAUGAGCAACCACUGAACAAUAGGUCAAUAGGCAACUUCAGGAAAAAGGAAGCUCAUAAGCAGAUAUGACCACUUGAGAUGUGUCCACUGAUAUCUCUAAUCCAGUGAAUUUUAGCUGCUGAGGAUUAUAAGCAGAAAAAGUUGCAUAUGGUGGAUGGAUUCACAUGCUGCUCCUAAUUAGUAUUGCCUAUUUCCACUUCCAAAGGCUAAUUACUGGGUUAGGUGAGCUAUUGACCUGAUCCAGUUCUUAUGUACCUGUAGGUGAAAACUCCUCACUGGGAAAAUGCUCCCCAUCUCACUGGCAGCCAAAUUGAGGUGCCAGGAAUUGCUGCAGUAGUUUUGAGCGAAAGGACACCAUACUUUGGGGAAUGUGAUAAAUUCAGUGCAGUGAGACUGUGUUGACCAUUUGUGGUAGCCUCAGUGCAUCUCCAGAUUGCCUGAGAUUCUUGCAGUUGAUGGCCUUUGCAUUCCAGUUUUCCUCUACCCAAGCAUCUCAGUGCCGGGUGGGCCCCAAGGCUUCAGACUUGAAACAAACCCACCAAAUCUCACAUAUUCAGGAAUUACUUGUUAAGGCAGAAAUAUGGCAACCAUCUCCUUGAGAGAGAAUAAUCUGACAAGCUGGUCAGGGAAUGUGAGGAAUGCUAAGCCUCACAUGCAGGAGUGACGCACUGACCUGCCCUCAGCUGGUGGCACAGGACUCUCAGUGCCUGGUGACAAAGCCAGUGGUACAGCGUACAGUUGCACUCACUGAACGGACAUUUGUUGCUCUCUUUGGGAUAAUACUUUUUGGCAUUUACUGAUCACCUUUUCUUCCAGACUAAAGGAGGCUGCAUAUGUCGUGAGACAGUGCAACUGCAGGCUGCUGUGACUCCCAUUGCUCUGGUCUCAGGCUUUAGUGCAAACUUCGUUGGAUCUACACAGAGCCAUAACGCACUCUGCUGGGCAGGUUAAACAAACCACCCUCUAGGACACGAAACAGAAGCUGGCCCAGUGUCAAACAUGCCGCUCAUGGCCCCUCCAGCAGCAAGAUUGGGAGCAACUUCUGGAUCAGUGCAAGAGACCAACAUGAUGAAGAGAAGAUGAAGACUGGAGGAACCUGGUUGGUUAUGCCUGCUAAUUGGCCAGGGCUUGCUGUCUUCAGGACCCAGACAUUUUUCAAAUGAAUGGAGAAAUAUGAUGGAUUUCAGAAAAAUCAAGGUGCUUGUUUGCCUUGUGGGGCUCAGCUGUGCCAGCUUAUGUUAUUUUUACAUGAAUUUGACUGGACUCUCUAUAUUCCAUGGCAAAAAACAAAAUUGUACACUACAAACAUUUAGGAGAAUUGAAGGAAACUUCUUGCAGCUCCCAGAUAUAGAUUGCCGUAAGGACCCACCUUUCCUUGUACUACUUGUGGCAUCCUCAUGUCAAGACAUUGAUGCCAGGAUGGUCAUCCGGCAAACCUGGGGGAAGGAGAGAACGGUGGCUGGCAAGCAUCUAGUGACGUAUUUCCUCUUGGGAUCCCCUGUCAAUCUUGAGCAGCAGGCUGACAUCGGUGCUGAAAGCCAAAAAUACAAAGACAUUAUUCAAAAGGAUUUUCUGGACACAUACUACAAUUUGACAUUAAAGACCAUGAUGGGAAUUGAAUGGGUUCAUCAGUUUUGUAACCAGUCCAGCUUUGUGAUGAAAACUGACACAGAUGUGUUUGUCAACGUUUUUUACCUCACUGAGCUGCUUCUAAAGAAAAAGAGGACCACAGGGCUUUACACAGGCUUUCUGAAACUGCAUGAGCAACCCAUAAGGAAAAAUGAGAGCAAGUGGAACGUGAGGAUAGAAGAAUACUCGGGUAACACCUACCCGCCAUUUUGUUCAGGGACUGGCUAUGUUUUAUCCACCGACGUUGCUAGUCAGAUCUAUAAUGUUUCAGAGAGCAUUUCAUUCAUCAAACUGGAGGAUGUUUUCAUAGGACUGUGCCUUGACAAAUUAAAAAUUCAGCCUGAGGAGCUUCAUUCAGAACAGACAUUUUUUCCAGAAAAGAUUCCAUUCUCUGUUUCUCGUUUUAAGAAAAUUGUGACUUGCCAUGAAGUAAGCUUAUCCGAACAGCAGAGCUACUGGAGUCGUUUAGUGACAGAAUAACAUGUGAGAGUGCUCUAGCACCUUCUCUGACUGAAUCAACAAACUGAAAUGCUUUGAAUUUACAGGGCUGCUCUUGACUCCAGCAAAACUCGCAAUUAAUUCUAGAUCCAUUAUUUUGAAGACAUUUCUUAUGGUU